GAGGGGUAACAAUGGAAGGAUUCCUGAAUAACCCGUAAUUGGCAGUCCCCGAAUUGGGACCGAAACGGAUUAGAUGCAGUAGUCUGAAGCCACAAAAAAGUCCAAUUACUUCGGUGCAUUUGGUGUUGAGUAGGGAGCAAAAGAAGAGGCCAGGAACCACCAAGAAAAUAGCAUCAGAAAAAUGGCCGAGAACCUUUUUACAUCUGGAAUAACUUCAUACUUCUAUUUGAUUUUUCUAACAAUAGUCAUAGUAUUGAAGGCCCGCGCCUUGCAGGAUACUCCUUGCGUGACAGCAAUCCUCUUUUGUCUCAAUUACAUGCAUAUGCUUUUGCAGCACGAUAUGAUAGGCCUCAGAAAUGCAAAUAUACAAAAAAACGAAAAUAAAAAGCAGAGGCCUGGGAAAGGAAGUAUUAUCACAAACGCCUUGAAGCAUGGUCAAAAAAAGCUUGCUUCACUAUGCUUCCAUAUGCAAUAAGCUGUAUGAAGAUUAAAGGCAUGCAGAAAAUGGCAUCUCAAAUGUCAGGCACCUGUAU